UACCGUAUGAGUAGACUAUUAACAUAAAUAUGAGUGUCAUUCCAUACCAUUCCACACAAACUUCAUAAAACAUAUGAUAUUCUUGUUUUAGUGCAUUUAUAGUACACUUACAGUGCAUUUCAAACAUACAAAUUCUUGGUGCCAUUGAUUAUUCAUUGGUUUUAUAAGACUAUUUCAAUUCAAAUGUCUUGUAUUAUAAACAGAAUGCGGACUCGUAGUCUAAAUGCACCCAGUCCUAUAUACCAGUUUGGGCCGUGCGGGCGUAUUAUGAAAAAUUCAACAGUCGUUAUGACAAUUCAGGACCCGGCGAGUCAGCGGCUGACGUGGAAUAAGCCUCCCAUCAGUGUCUUGGUUAUCAAGAAAAUUCACGACUCGCUUGUCAUUCAGCCGUUCAUUGAUUUAGUUCGUUGGCUUAUUUGGGAGAAAAAAAUGUCUGUUUAUGUGGAGUCGGCGGUCAUGGAUGACCCGCAGCUUAAGACCAACCAAUUAUUUCAACCGUUCAAAGAUAAACUGUGCACUUUCAGGGAGGGCAUGGAUGACCUCACAGACAAAGUGGACUUCAUCAUAUGCCUGGGCGGGGACGGCACUCUCCUCUAUGCCUCUUCACUGUUUCAGCAAAGUGUACCGCCGGUGAUGGCCUUCCAUAUGGGUUCCCUCGGAUUUCUGACUCCAUUUGAAUUCGACAACUUUCAGGACCAGGUGUCAAAUGUGCUCGAAGGUAACCAUUUGCCACAUUGUCUUCCCAAUACUGCCCAUACUUUGGUAAUACUAACGCAUGAGUCCUAUUACACGACCUCAGGUCACGCGGCGCUUACUUUGAGAAGUCGACUCCGAUGUCUGAUUGUCCGCAAGAAUGAGACCAUUAGUGCGAUUGAGAAGCUCUCCAAACAAAACACCUGUCAUUUGGUUCUCAAUGAAGUGGUUGUGGAUAGGGGUCCGUCACCCUAUCUCUCCAACAUUGAUCUAUACAUCGAUGGCAAACAUAUAACCACAGUUCAAGGGGACGGGCUUAUUGUGUCCACACCAACCGGUAGUACAGCUUAUGCUGUGGCAGCCGGCGCUGCAAUGGUCCACCCGAGUGUUCCGGCUAUUAUGGUGACCCCUAUUUGCCCGCAUUCUCUGUCAUUCCGUCCGAUUGUAGUUCCGGCCGGAGUUGAGCUCAAGAUAUGUGUUUCGCCCGACUCUCGCAACUCUGCGUGGGUUUCAUUUGAUGGUCGAAACCGACAGGAGAUACAACUCGGGGACAGUCUUCGAGUGACGACAUCUAUAUUUCCCGUCCCAUCCAUUUGUGCCGAAGACCAGAUCAGCGAUUGGUUCGACUCAUUGGCUGAAUGUCUUCACUGGAAUGUCCGCCGAAAGCAAAGACAGUUUGACGAGUACUCGGAUCUGUUGCACAGUUCCAGCAAUGAUUCGCUCGAUAAACAACAUUUCGAUGGCAUUGAGAGUUGAGAUCAACUCACUCUCCACUGAUUUUACCGAAUAUUCUUUCAUUACUCUAUAAAUAAUUUAUAAUUAUUUUCAAAUCCAAUCAUUUUAUAACUGAUUUUUUGUAAUUACUUUUUGCGAUAUUUUUAUUAUAUUACUC